AUGUUUCAAACUGUAGAACUCAAUCAACAACAGCAAUCUCCACCAGCAACGUCACUACCAAUACAAUCUUCAAAUGUUGAGAUCAUUCAGGAUGGUAAAAUCGUUAAGAAAGUUCAAAAAGCAAGACAAAGAAAGAUUUUAUCCUGUGUCUAUUGUCAUUCCAAGAAGAUCAAAUGUAACAGACAAGAACCUUGCUCUCAAUGUAAUAAAUUAAAAGUUGAAUGUAAAUAUUUCAUUAAUGAAAGAAUAAGUAGAGGAGGAAAGAAAUCAAGUCGAUUAACUGCUUAUGAAAAGAAAUUGAGAGGUAUCGAUACAGCAACAAAUAGCAGCAGCACAACAAUGUCAAUUACAGAAAACAAUCUAGAGUUGAAUAACAGAGCAAAUACUUCACCAGAUUCAAAUUCAUCUUCAUCUUGUAUUUCAUCAGGACAAUCUUUGGCUAUUACUUCAAGUGAAGCAACAACAAUCGAGGAACACAUAAAUAAACAAAAUGAAUCUAAUAACCACAAUCGAAACCCAUCAGAAGCAACUCCAUCUUCUACAACAUCCACCAAUGAAUUUAAGCAACCUCCUUCUGUUGAUAUGUCUGUUCAUUUCUUGGGUUUCCUGAAUAGAAUCGAAAACAAUCAUCCAUCAGCAACAGCAACUACAUCCAACAAUACCAAUAUACCAAGAAUAUCCACGCCAAAUAACAUUGAUUCUCCAUUAUCAAAUGAUCCGUUUGCUUUGGGAAGUAUGAUUCAAUCUCCGAUUAUUAACAAUGCCACCAAUAAUAUUACCAAUAGUUAUUUCAAUACAAAUUUCACCACUCAAGUCAACAACAAUCCAAUUUUAUCAUCAAACAACAAUAACAAUUCCAAUAGUACAGCAAACUUAAUAAGUUUUAAUUCAUCUUCAUUUCCUUUGGCAAAUCAAGACAUCCUAACUGCAUUUCCUAGUGGAUUGAAUUCCCCGGUUGUCGGUAAUAGCAAUCCUCCACCUCAAUCAUCAGUUUCAAUCCAACAAUCAGAUUCUAAAAAAGAUUCAAGUCCCUCUCACCAGCAACAACAACAGCAACAGCAACAAUCAGAUUCAUUAACUAAAGCUCAACCAAAUCCAAAUUUGUACAAUUCACUACUGGCUUAUUCAUCUAAUCCAGCUACAACCACGGUAAACUACUUGUAUGGUACAAAUACUUACUAUGAGAAUUCAAAUUUAUUAGAUGAUUUAUUUCAAUUUUUACCUCCAACUCGAGAAAGAAGUUUUGAAUUAAUGGAUAGAUAUUUAAAUUCUGUUCAUUUAUUAUUACCAGUUGUUGUCAACAUGACAGAAUUUUUAAAGCAGCACAAGAGAUAUUGGGAUAUUCGAUCGAAAUCGAAAAGAAGAACUUAUUCAUCUACUUCUAGUACAACAUCUCCUGAAAAUAACAAUCCUUUAGUUGAAUCUCCAUGUGAAAGUAAUCCAAGUAGUAAGCAUCAUAAUUUUGACGUUGAUUUUAAUUUUGUUCAAUUCUAUACUUUGUAUUUCCCAAUCUUGUAUGCUUCAACAAUAUCUGAAUUUGAAGAAUAUGAUAAUUUAUUGUUAAAUCAAGAUAUUGAUAAAUAUUUAAAAGGUUUUAACAAAAUUUGUCAAUAUUAUAACUAUCCUCAUGGUAUCAAAACUAUUCCUUUAUUAUUGGGUAAUGUUAUUAUUCAAAGUACUUCACCGAAUCCUUCAACUAUGGAAAUGGCACAAAUUAUCAGGUAUGCUAAAUUUUUACAUUUCCAUAAAGAUCCAUAUAUCAGUUUAAGAAUUAAAGAUCGUGAAGUUAUUAAAUUUAGAAGAUUGUUAUGGUGGGUUAUUUUUGGAUUGGAUGCUUUAAGUAGUCAUAACUUCUGUUUACCUCCAAAUUGUCGAAUUGACGAUUUUAAUGUGUUGAUGCCUGAUGAAGAAGAACCUAAAGAUGAUACUAAUCCAGAAGAUAAGAAAUUAAACUUGGGACUUGUAUCCAUGAAUAUUAAAUUUGGAUAUGAUAGAAUUUUAAGUGAAUUGGUUUAUCAUUUACAUAAUGGUUUAAGUGAAAACAUCUCCCUGAUUAAAAUUAAUGAAAUUAAGAGAAUGAUUACUGAUUAUCAUAAAAAUGUUGAAAAAUCAAUUGAUAAAAUUAAUAAAUAUUUCACAUUUAAAACAUCAGGAAAUUAUACAAUUCAAGAAAUUAAUUUAAUCAAUUUUGUUAAAAGUCAUUCAUGGAGUUAUGUUGAUCGUGCAUUGAUGUUACUUCACAAGAAGAUUUUACUUGGAUCACCAAAUAUUCCUGGUGAACAUGAACAAUUUGAUAUUCAUAUUAAUAGUCAAUUAAUAUUGGAUAAACCUCAAGAUGAUUUGACAUUAUCUAAAUAUGAAGAUACAUUUGGACAAAUGUUGGAAUCUAAUAUUAUUAAAAAUUUCAAUAAUUCAUCAAUUUCAUUAUUAAAAUUUGGGAAUUUUGAUAAAGUUUCAUAUGAAGAUUUAAAUAAUAAUUUAAUUCCUUCAAUUUUACAUAAUUUUAAUGAUUUUUUACAAUAUAAUGAUUUUAUUAAAUUUGGAAGAUUUAAUUGGUAUAUUAAAAGAACAAUUCCUAUUGAUUCAGUUAUUAUAAUGAUGGUUAUUAUUUCUGUUAAAUUUAAAUAUAAAUUUAUUGAUAAUGAAGAAUUCUCAAUUUAUAAGAAUCUUAUCAAUAAUGUUUUAUUUAUAAUUAAUAGAAAAUGGUUUAAAAAUGAAAAGUAUAAACGCAUGUUGAGUUUAACCAAUAUGAUGUGGGAAUAUCUCAUAAAGAAAUACACCAUUAAAGAUGCUCCAUCCAACACUACUAAUAAUAAUAAUACAAAUGACAACAACACAGGUACAUCUUCUGACAUUGAUAAGAGUAUUACAAAUGUUCAUACUAUUGAUGAAUUACAAUUAAAAGAAAAAAUUUUAUAUGAUUUAAGACAUAAUUUCAUUGAUAUUAAUGAUUAUUGUUCAUUUUAUUCAUCUUUAGAAAAUUUAUUAAACCAAUUAUUAAAAUACAUAGAAUAA